AUGGCAAUCUUUGGCAUGAUGACAAUGAGAAAUUUUCGACGAUCUCGAGUUCAACCAACCACAAAUCAAAAUAACAUCACUGCAUUAUCAUCGAAAGAUCGUCAAUUAGCCAUUAUGUUAUUAUUUGAAAUUCUUAUUGCUGUUGUCUUCUCAUCGAUAGGAUCAAUCCUUUAUGUUUACACACAAAGAAUUCCAAAUGAAAGAAAAACUCUGGAACAACAGGCAUUGGAUUAUUUUCUUCUAGAUUUCGGUUUAAAUCUCGUAUUUAUACAAGCUUCUCUAAGUUGUUAUUCAAAUUUUAUCGUUUCAAAAACAUUUCGCAAAAAUAUUCAAAAACUUGUUUGGAAAAUAAUGCCUCGUAUUUGUCGUCGAAAGUUGACGAAUCACGGACCAAAUAUGUCAUCAAAUAAUUUAAAUAUCCCUGCUACGGCUAUAACAGUUCGGCCACGCACAGUUAUUAUACAGUAA